AUGGAAGAUGCAGCACGAACACGCAAUAAGAAGCUGAGAGGCAUCGAUCCCCAACUUGGAUUGCAAAAAUUCCUGGAAGAUAACAUCCAAGUCAACAAAGUGAAAACCAGUACUAGAAUCACACCAGGUCACACAACGCUCAUGGAAAACCAACGGCAUAUGAAACCGGAAGAAAUGACGACGCAGCAUCUCAAAACAAACAGGACAUACGAAGCCAGCAUCUGUCUCUACAGAGGGAUAAACCUGAUGCGAAUCAUAACACGCUUGCAGUUGAAUCACACGGAAACUGGGAACACUAUUUGCACCGAACUAAAAUUGUUCAACCUCUAUCACCCAAGAAAAUAG